GUCAAUUUUUAGUCGAUAUAUCUAAAAUUUCUUAAACAAUAAUAAUUGUUUAUUUUCUAGAUAAUAAAAUGAAAUGUUUAUAAAAGUUUGUAGGUCUUAUUGUUUAUUAAAUUAUACGUGUUUUUGAAAUUACUGUAGUGCAGUACGCGUUUUAUAUCGUCCUGUGAAGUGCUUUACUUUUUUUGUUUAACGAAUUGUUUUUGUGGGUUUAACAAACAGUUUAUAGACAAUGCAAUAAGUUUGAUUGGAUUUUUUCAUAAAGGAUUGUUAAGUGGUUAUUAAAAUUUGGAUGGGGCUUGUUUUGCCCCCUGAUUACUGCUCUGGCUCCUACUUCAAAUCCUGUAUAUCCAGAAGUGACAUGUGUUUAUUAAGGGAUGGUGUUUGAUGGUUUUUGAUGUCACCUUACAGCAGGUACCGGCCUUUGCCGGGUCCUGAAGGAUUGGUCCUUCAACCGUCACCCGGAUGUAGACCGUCUCCUACUAGCGCUUGUAGAUUUUUGAGAUGGAUUUCGAAGUUGAGUCCUCAACCUGUUAAUAAGCAAGGAUUAGGGGUCCUGGACAUGACCGCUACGGAGAAUACAAUCCGUUUCAGUGUCCACACCCUGGACAAAGCCACCAAAGCAAAAGUCACUCUAGAAAAUUAUUACAGUAACUUAGUAGCCCAACAUGUAGAGCGAAAACAAAGGUUAGCAAAAUUAGAAGAAUCCUUAAAGGACGAUAGUCUCUCUGAGGAACAAAAGAUGGAAAAGAGACUGCAACACGCCCAAAAAGAAACCGAAUUUCUUAGAUUAAAACGAUCUCGAUUAGGCGUCGAAGACUUCGAACCACUCAAAGUGAUAGGUAGAGGGGCAUUCGGAGAAGUUAGAUUAGUUCAGAAAAAAGACACCGGUCAUGUUUACGCGAUGAAAAUCCUCAGAAAGGCAGACAUGUUAGAAAAAGAACAGGUUGCCCAUGUCAGAGCAGAACGUGAUAUCUUAGUUGAAGCCGAUCAUCAAUGGGUGGUGAAGAUGUAUUAUAGUUUUCAAGAUCCUAUUAAUUUAUAUUUAAUAAUGGAAUUUCUACCUGGCGGUGAUAUGAUGACUCUCCUAAUGAAAAAAGACACAUUAUCAGAAGAGUGUACGCAAUUCUAUAUCAGUGAAACGGCCCUCGCCAUCGAUUCUAUACAUAAACUCGGUUUUAUACACAGAGACAUUAAACCCGAUAAUUUAUUACUCGAUGCCAAAGGGCAUCUCAAAUUAUCCGAUUUCGGAUUGUGUACCGGUUUAAAGAAAUCCCACAGGACGGAUUUUUACAGAGACUUAAGUCAAGCGAAACCUUCGGAUUUUAUCAUUACCUCGAGUCCUAUGGAUAGUAAACGAAGGGCGGAAAGUUGGAAAAAAAAUAGGAGAGCUCUAGCUUAUAGUACCGUCGGUACGCCGGAUUAUAUAGCCCCCGAAGUAUUUAUGCAAACGGGAUACGGACCAGCUUGCGAUUGGUGGUCGUUAGGAGUUAUUAUGUACGAAAUGUUGAUCGGUUAUCCGCCAUUUUGUUCGGAAAAUCCUCAAGAUACGUAUACGAAAGUGAUGAAUUGGAGGGAUACGUUGGUGUUUCCAGCCGAGGUACCUAUCUCCGAAGAGGCCAAAGAUACAAUUAUCAAAUUCUGUUGUGAAGCGGACAGAAGACUAGGAUCUCAAAAAGGUUUAGAAGACCUAAAAUUAAAUCAGUUCUAUCGCGGUGUGGAUUGGGAACAUAUUAGAGAAAGGCCGGCAGCCAUACCGGUAGAAGUUAAAUCUAUAGACGAUACGUCAAACUUUGACGAUUUUCCCGAUGUCAAACUUGAAAUUCCUUCUGCUCCUCUGACUCAAGACGGCGAAGUCAGCUACAAAGAUUGGGUUUUCAUAAACUACACAUUCAAAAGGUUCGAGGGUCUCACACAAAGGGGCACGCCGACGAAGAAAUAGUUGUUUGUUAAUAAAUUUUACCACAAGAAUGAUAUGGAUAGGCAUUUGAAUGCCAGGCACUUAUUUUUAGAAAAUAAAACUAAUCCAGAGAUGUUUAUAUAUUGAAUCUAUAGUACCGUCUUAAAAUAAUUCAAUUAUGAAAAAAGCAAAUUAUAUUUCGAUUCUAAUGACAUCGAUACAAAAACAAAACUUUAUUUUGCUUUGUUUGUAGAUUUUAAAUAUAUUAUUUUUUUUCUAUUUAUAAGAUAUUGUUUUCUAAAAAUAAGAUUAUUUCAUGUAACAUAUAGGUCUGAAGCAGUUUUGCACUGUUUUCGCUUUUUGAAGAGCUGUGAAAACUGUACCUUGCAUUGUAGUCGAAACUAUGUUAUAAUUUUAAGAUGCCUUCGUUACUGAUUCAGAAAAUCCUCCUACUCGCUUUACCCAUAAUUCCCAACACAUCCUCUAUCUCCAAUAUGUAACUUAUUCUGGUCCUUCGAGCCGGAAAUUACGCUAUAUUACACUAUUUGGUACUUCCAGUCGGAAAUAGACUCAAAAAACCAAAUAGUGUAAUUAGAGCAGUUUAUUGACCUUUAAGUUCAAUUCUUCUAAGUUUCUGGUAGAAAAAAAAGUUGUUGCAUCUAUUAACCAUAUUUUCUUCUUAGUUUAUUCAAGUUAGAAGUGGUAACUUUCAAUUAUAUUGUUCUAGGAAUCGUUGGUGAUGCUCACAUUGAAUAAACUGUACCACAUUAACCCUUAAAAUAACACUGUUGGUUGUACGAGCCGGAAAUGAAGUUAAAUUACACUAUUUGGUUCUUUGAGCCAGAAAUAAAGCCUCUAAAGACCAAAUAGUGUACUUCUAGCAGUUUAUUCAGGUGAAAGUUGCCUUUUUGUACGUUUCUGGUUGAUAUUGUACAUCAAUAAUCACAUGUUCGUAUGUACACGCUACCCAUUCUUUCGAAUUUAUGGAGCUCCAAUAUCGUUUGUUUUGUCUGUUUACAAGGCAUUUUGUUUUCGAAAAAUGAGUUUUUCCACCUCUGCCAAUUUGGUUCAGUGAUUAUUCAGUUCUUCUUCUCUCUGAGUGAUUAGUAAAUUCUAAAGAAUUCAUACAAGUCGUCUAACGGAGUUUAAAAGCAUCGUUCUCAUCUUUCGAUCCAUUUUAGGCGACUAACUAAUCUGGAAGGAUUUUUGCAUACUUGUAGUGCCCCUGAACGUGUCUACUCCCCAAAAAAAUCAAUUUCCGAUUAAGCAGACAACUUGUAGAAGCGAUAUUGAUAUAAUUUGCAAUGUUGUAAUUCAUCUUCUCUGGGAAUAAUUUCUACACAAGAAUCCAUUUUGAAGUGCACUAAAAUAUUUAUACAAUUUGUCUUUAGCUUCAAAUGAGACUUCAGUUUUAUCGAUAACCUGUUCAUCGUUACAAAAUUUCUGUUCAGCGAUCAUCCCUUCUGAGAACAGAAAAAUGUCGCUUAGUACUAGAUCUGUAUAAUACGUUGCACACUGAUGCAAUUUUUUGAUGCAUUACAGCACUUACUUAUUCUUCAAAUGGGACUGUAUUUCUGUGAUUUCGUCCUUUAAAUGCUUUAAUAAUGAUAAUUUGUUUCCCUUCUUAAGAGAUUGGUGGAUAUUAUACCAUGCAAAUCACAACAUACCUAUGUCAUUACAUUGUCUGUCGACUUUUGCGUUUCUUCAAGCUCUUGAAUCGGUUCAUCAUGAGCUUUCCACUUAUCUAACCGUUGAUUUUUUUUGAUAUUUUCGUAGAUAACCAUUUUUUUGGAACUUCCAUUGGGCGCAUUUCGCUUCCUUUAAACUUAGUAAACCACUUCUCAUCGGCUGAUUUUCCUGGAGCUAUUUCAGAAUAAUGUUUAUUAAGUCGUGUCUUGGCUUGAAAAGUAUUUUUUCAUUUUUUUCAAAUUAAUAAAUGGUUAUAACUUACAAACUAAUAGUACAAGUGAUGUCAAAUUUAUACAUGUGUCUUUUGAAGGUUAAGGCUAAUUGGUGGGUUUAAUAUUAAUAGCGCCAUCUAUGUAUCAAUCUGAUACAUAUUUUUAACUAGAGCUGAAAGCGAGUGGGAUUUAUUUUAUUAUGGAAAAACAUGUUAACUUUAUGGAUAAAAGUGAUUUAUUUAAUUAAUUACAUUUAAACCAUACAAAGGCCAAUUUAUAUUUUUCCUCAAUUUUUAAAUUCGAAAAAGGAAAUUACCUCUCAAUUCCACGGUUCCAAAAUUUUCUUUAGUCUUUUCAUAUUUGGGUAUAAAAUUGUGAAAAAAGUUUUCAUUGGAACUUUCAAGAGAAUAAUUCAUACAAUUUACUAUUUGUAGAAAUUUAUUUGUGAAAUUUUAUUUAAAAAAUUGUAAAAUGAAUUGUUUCGAGUUCGAUGCAAGUUUUUUACUUUUGUGUAUAUGUUAAUUUUUUGUUCAUUGUUACAAAGUGAUACUUUUUAUUAUUUUAAAUUUUUGUUUUUAACUUAUAGAAAUCAUAUUUUGAUGGCUAGUGUUUUAGCCGAUAAAUAUUUUGUAUUAGCUUGAUUCCUGAUGAUGAAGGUCAAUGUUAAAACUAAACGAUCGAUUUAACUGCAUACUAAAAUAUAAAAAUAUUAUAAUAUGAAAUUCAACGGGGACGUAUUCAACAAUUCUGAACAAAAUCCAAUGUAUUCAGUUAAUUCGAUGAACUCACUAUUUUAAGCACCACGUCUGUCUGCUUCUGUCAGUGAGAUCAUUAUUUUAAAGAUGGUAGUUUUGAAAUAAUUAAGAGCAGUUACAAGUAUAGUAUAUCAAUAAAAAAAUAGAUUAAGUUUUCAUUUGUCUAAAAUUUUUGUAAAACGCUUGUCCUUGAUUACAAAAGAUAAUCCCCAAAAGGAUUUUUACGAAUGAAGCUUGCUUCGUUUGCCCACAUUUUACUAAAUAUCUUCGAUGAUAUUGAUUUCGAGUAAAAAGUUUUUAACAAAAAAAUGAAUCCCAUGAAAAGCUCUACAAACAGGAUAUAUACAUUUUUGAUGUAAACCUAUUAUUUUGACUGCUAUGACCCAAAAUAGGUUACGUUAGUCAAUUUAAAUCCUGUCAAGAUAUUUUGGAACAUAACAGUAAAAAUCAAAAUCUUCGAAGAUAAUAUUGUUUGAGGAAGACACACGAAUCUUUGUUGGGAUUAUCUUUUCCAAUUAAUCACAAUCUCUGGCUAAAAUUUUCUUAUUAGGAAAUGAUAAUAACUCAAAUUUUGGAAUAUGUGGUAUUAUCUCUUUAAAUGACAUUGGUUGUAUUGAAGAAACAGUUAAAAUAUUGCUUUGAUCAAAUCAUAAAGAAUUUAUUCAAAUGGUAAGGAAUAUCAUCCCCAGUGGUCUUAAGCUUCAACUGUUGCACAUUUUCUUUUUUUUGUCAUUUUCCUUUGGAAAUAAGUUUUAUUAGGAUCAUGGCUCUUCUUGUAAUGAUUAUACUAAGUGUCAUCUGCAAUUCGAGGAUUAUAUCAUCUUCAUCAAAUCAUAACAAUUUAUUCGAAUGGUAAGGAAUUACAUGGUCUUAAGGUAUAACAGGCUCUAACUGUUGCACAUUGUCCUUACUAUAAAAAAUCCUUGAUCUCCGACUUGAUCCUUUCUUUUAAUCUUCGACGUAAAAUUUAGCAUCUAGAUGGCAGAAUUCUAAGUGCACCAAUCCUUUGAUGACAAAAAAGAUAUAAUUUUGGACUCCCUCAUUAUUGUCAUUUUAAGUUUUGAGAACUGACACUACCACUCAGCGCUUUACUUUCUACCGGAACAUCUUGACCUACUGGGAUUUCCAGAGAAUCAUCCCCAAGGAUUUUUGCGAAAGCCUCCAUUGACGUUUUCUUGAGUCUCACGUUCUAUCGAUUUUUCCAUCCCGACUUCGACCGUGCUCCGAGAGAAACGUGCAUUAAUCUAAGCGUCCUGUCAUUUCAGAUGCUCUGAACUCACUGCGGCCCUUCUACCUAACCCUAAGCUCAUAUACCUUAAUACUACUUAAUAUUCAUCUACCAAUUAAAUUAUUGUUUAUUUAUGAAACGACUAGUCUAGCUGAAACUGCUCUAUAUUAAUUACUCUAUAUUAAUAGUUCAAAUUACAUUCACUUUUGUAGUACAACGUCGUUGUUUAAAUUGCUAGGUGUAAUUUUUGAAUGUGUUAGAAGACGUAUUGUAGGCAUUUGACUGUUGGAACAGCCGCUGAUAUGGUGAAUAGUUAAGUAAAGUGAGCUCUCUAUGUAAGGCCCGCAAACUGGUUGUACUACUUUUCCACAACUUUACAGAAGAAUCUAUACUUAAGAAUUGAUUGUGUACUACUGUUUUGUAGUUGGUCUCGCUAACAGGAUUUGUACAUAAAAUUAUUUCCAGAAAUGUGUAUAACUAAAAACAAUUAAAGUCUUUUGUGCUUCAAAAAAA